AUGGCACCGACUCCCGGUUUGCCAAGCAGCGAUUUGUUAAAAAAAGCCCAGGAGAUGGCUGGAAGGCUGACAGUCUCCGAUUCCACAAAAGUUACCAAAAUCAGUUCACUGCUAUCCUCGCUGCGUAGGAACCCAUUUGACUCAAGGUAUGAGUCAGUUUCAGAUAACAUCAAUAAGGCGAUCAAUAACUGCUCAACAACGAAAGUUCCAAGUACACUAACAUUUCAGCAAUUAGAUCUUAUACUCAGUAAGAAGACUCUUGAUUAUAAAAAUAGUGAUGAACACACUGACACAAAGUCCUCUGAAUGCCCUGAAGUUAAAAAUGUACAAGUUUCAAACACAGGAGGUACAAGUGGAGACCAGUCAUUUGAAAAUUUUGAGAAUGAGUUGGAACUAGAACAAAAAUUCAGUAAGGAGAAAUGCUUGGUGAAAGUAUUCGGCUGGUGCAAAAGUAUGAGAAGCCAAGACGGAGGACGACUACUAUUCGUCAUAGUAAAUGACGGAAGCUGUAAACCUAACCUUCAAAUAGUAGUCCAUAAUGACUCGAAAGGAUAUAAAGAAGCUCUGAAGUGUAAGUCAGGAACAUCAAUACAAGCAAACGGAUUCCUAGUAAAUCGUGUAACUCAACCAAAACCUGCAAAAGAAGUGAGUAAGGAAAAUGAUUCUGAACUGCAAGGAGAAGAUAGAGAUUAUGAGUUGUUGGAAGAUGUUAGUAACAGAUAUGAACUGCACAUCACAAGUGAUGAUAGUAAUUACAUCCAGGUUCUGGGAUUAACUAAUUGUCCUGGGACAUAUCCAAUCGCUAAGAAAGAUCUGACAAUGGAGUUUUUACGAGAAAACGCACAUUUGAGACCUAGAACGUACCUGAUUUCGGCAGUAAUGAGAAUCAGAAGUUCUCUGUCAAUUGCGAUUCAUUUAUUCUUUCAGUCGAAAAACUUUCAUUACCUGAACUCGCCAGUGAUCACUACAGCUGAUUGUGAAGGAGCAGGUGAACUAUUUCAAGUUACUACUAUGUUUGAGAACGUAAAAAACGUGAAGGAACUUGUAAAUAAGAUGUAUAGUAAAGACACACAGCCUGAAGUGCCAAAUAAUUCCUUAAAUCCUGACUCAAAACCUUCAAAUGAUGCCGAAAAUAAUUGUGGUGGGAAACCUGAGGAUUCAAGUGGUUUUAACGGUACUGAAACUAAGGAUAGUGACUCGAAAGUUAAUGAACCUGUUGAUACAACUGUUGAUAAAACGAAUGCAGUUAAUACGGAUUACAAGUUAUUGUACAAGGCAGUUGACUUUAAGAAGGACUUCUUUAAGAAGAAGAGCUUCUUGACCUGCAGCGGCCAGCUGAGCGCUGAGAACUACUGCUGUUCGAUGGGGAGCGUUUACACCUUCGGGCCUACAUUCAGGGCUGAGAAUUCCCACACAAAUCGCCACUUGUCGGAGUUUUGGAUGAUUGAGCCCGAGAUGACGCUGGUUGACUUGCCAGGCCUGAUGGAGUUGACUGAGGAGUUCAUAAAGUUCCUCGUCAACUACAUACUGAAGCACAACUACGACGACCUGGUGUUUUUCAACAACACUGUGGACAAGGAGCUGUUGAGCAGGCUGUACAACAUAGUGAACAAGGAAUUUGUACACCUGUCCUACACGGGUGUGAUUGACAUUCUCCAGGAAUAUAUAAAGCAAAAUCCUGAACAACCUUUUGAGUACAACGAUGUCCACUGGGGUAUUGAUUUACAGAGCGAGCAUGAGAGGUUUAUUUCCGAGAAGGUGUUUAACGGCCCCGUGAUAAUAUACAACUACCCUAAACAGAUCAAGGCCUUCUAUAUGCGAAGGAACGAUGAUGACAAGACAGUUGCAGCCAUGGAUUUAAUCAUUCCGAAGAUCGGUGAAUUGAUUGGAGGGUCUCAGCGUGAAGAAAGGUUUGAUUAUUUGGAGAAAUCAAUAAAGGAAAAUAAACUGAACAUGCAGGACUACUGGUGGUAUCUGGACCUGAGAAGAUAUGGAACAAUUGUGCACUCGGGGUUCGGACUGGGAUUCGAGCGCCUGAUCAUGAUGGUCACAGGAGUCCAGAACAUAAAGGAUGUGAUCCCGUUCCCGAGAUACUCGGGACACUCUUUGUUUUAA